AUGGAGGCGCUGGCCGCCGCAUUCGCCACCGGCCUUCUCCUUGCCCUCGCGGCGGCGCCAGCGGGGGCCGAAACCGACUCCGCCGACGCCGCGGCGCUGGGGAAUCUCUACACCUCCUGGAACAGCCCGUCGCAGCUGGCUGGGUGGUCGGCCAGCGGCGGCGACCCCUGCGGCGCGGCGUGGCAGGGCGUCACCUGCUCCGGCGCCGGUGUCACCGAAAUCAAACUUCCAGGGAUAGGGCUAGAUGGUUCUCUGGGAUACGAUCUCUCCAACCUGUUCUCUUUGAAAACGCUAGAUUUGAGUAAUAACAACUUGCAUGGUUCAAUCCCUUACCAGCUGCCACCUAAUCUCACUAAUCUGAAUCUGGGUAGCAACAAUUUCAAUGGCAACCUUCCAUACUCUAUAUCAAAUAUGGCUUCGAUUCAAUACCUCAAUCUCAGCCACAACUCACUUUCUCAGCAACUGGGUGAUCUAUUUGGAAGCCUCAAUUCACUUUCAGAGUUAGAUGUAUCUUUCAACAAAUUGACAGGGGAUCUUCCCAAUUCUAUUGGUUCUUUAUCAAAUCUUUCAAGUCUUUAUAUGCAAAACAAUCAAUUAACGGGUUCUGUCAAUGUUCUCCGUGGGCUAAGCCUUACUACAUUAAACAUAGCAAACAACAAUUUCAGUGGUUGGAUACCAAAAGAAUUCAGCUCCAUUCCAGAUCUAACACUUGAAGGGAACUCAUUUGCCAAUGGACCUGCUCCCCCACCGCCACCUUUUAUGCCACCGCCCCCUCAAAGGCCACAGAAUCGUCCUAAGCGUCCUCAGGGGCCAGGAGAUGCUCCUAAAGGUUCAGAAACCCCCACUAUUCAAAGUAACAAGAAGCAAGGCCUUGGGACAGGCCCGCUUGUGGGCAUAAUUGCUGGAUCGAUAGUUGCUGUUUUAUGUGUGUUUCUGCUUUUGGCAUGCUGCAUGUGCAAUGCUCGGAAAAGAACUGAUGAUGCCAGCAGUGAAUCAAAAGAUUUUGUAGGUCCUCUGACAGUAAACAUUGAGAGAGCUUCUAGCAGGGAAAUCCCAGAGCAGAUUGAAGAUACCUCUAUAGCAACUGCAAAACUACCACCUCCUGAGAAAAUGACUCCUGAGAGAGUUUACGGUAAAAAUGGUUCUAUGAGAAAGACAAAGGUCCCCAUAACCGCAACACCUUAUACUGUUGCUUCUCUCCAAGUUGCUACUAAUAGUUUCUGUCAAGAUUCUCUUUUGGGUGAGGGUUCACUUGGUCGUGUUUAUAAGGCUGAUUUCCCAAAUGGAAAGGUUCUCGCUGUUAAAAAGAUAGAUAGCGCCGCACUUUCUUUACAGGAAGAAGACAAUUUCCUUGAGGCUGUAUCGAGCAUGUCACGGCUAAGGCAUCCAAACAUCGUGCCAUUGACAGGAUAUUGUGCUGAACAUGGGCAAAGGCUUCUUGUCUAUGAGUACAUUGGAAAUGGAACACUGCAUGAUAUGUUGCACUUCUCUGAUGAAAUGAGCAGGAAGCUUACAUGGAACAUCCGCGUAAGGAUAGCACUAGGCACUGCUCGAGCACUUGAGUACCUGCAUGAGGUGUGCUUGCCAUCUGUUGUUCAUAGAAAUUUUAAGUCUUCAAAUAUUCUACUAGAUGAGGAGCAUAAUCCACACCUAUCUGACUGUGGACUUGCUGCCUUGACUCCAAAUACUGAAAGACAGGUUUCAACUGAAGUAUUUGGAUCAUUUGGCUAUAGCGCCCCAGAGUUUGCCAUGUCUGGCAUUUAUACUGUAAAGAGCGAUGUGUACAGUUUUGGAGUGGUAAUGUUAGAGCUAUUGACAGGGUGGAAGCCACUAGACAGUUCCAGAGAGAGGUCAGAACAGUCCCUUGUUAGAUGGGCUACCCCUCAGCUUCAUGAUAUUGAUGCACUUGCUAGGAUGGUUGAUCCGGCAUUAAAUGGAAUGUACCCAGCUAAAUCACUCUCCCGUUUUGCAGACAUAAUUGCACUCUGCGUUCAGCCUGAGCCAGAGUUUCGUCCACCCAUGUCAGAGGUUGUCCAGCAACUUGUGCGCUUGAUGCAGAGGGCUAGCAUAGUAAGGCGGCUAUCAGGAGAAGAGCUAGGGUUUUCAUACAGAGCCCCAGAACGAGAAGGAGACCUGAGGGACCUUUCAUUCUAA